UAAAAAAACAGCUGUUUUUGCGUUUUGAUGACAUACGUUGAGAAAAAUUGGGAAAAACAAUUGAAAAACUGCCACUAAAAUCGCCUCACAAUGGCCGAGGUAACGACGCCGCAGAUGACGGAACAGCUGGACAACGAGGAGGUGAGGGAAAUCCUGAAGAACACAACAGAUCUGCGCCAGUAUUCGCGACAGAUUGAAAAGGAGUUCAAGGAGGUGGAGAACAAGUCCAUUGAGGACUAUAUAGCCGAAUCCCAGAAUAUUGCCAAUCUGCACAAUCAGAUAAACGAUUGCGACGACGUCUUGGAACGAAUGGAGAAUAUGCUGAUGAGCUUCCAGAGCGUUUUGAACAACAUAAGCACGGAGAUCACGCAGUUGCAAAGGAAAUCCGUGUCCAUGUCCCUACAACUAACCAACCGGCAGUCGGUGAAGGCCCAGUUGUCACAGUUUAUUGAGGACAUGGCCGUAUCCGAGGAGAUGAUCAAUAUAAUCAUGGAAACUCCAGUUACCGAAAGAGAUUUCAGUAGCCAAUUGAAUGUGUUGAAUCAUAAGUUGUCGCUGGUGAAGGAGCUUAGCUUCAAGGAGUCCAAAUCCACCAGCGAUGUGAGCGAUGUACUGCAGAAACUCCGACUAAAGGCCAUGUCCAAGAUUAGGGCGUAUCUUUUAGAGCAGAUUUACAAGUUCCGCAAGCCCAUGACCAACUACCAGAUACCCCAGAAUGCCAUGCUGAAGCACAAGUUCUUCUUCGAGUUUAUCCUGUCCAACGAGCGGCACGUAGCCCAGGAAAUAUGCAGCGAAUAUAUCGAUACGAUGAGCAAGAUCUACUACAGUUAUUUUAAGAGUUACUCUACCCGCUUGACGAGUCUCAAAUUUGAGGAAUCCUGCACAAAAGAUGAUCUAAUGGGCAUCGAAGACAAUGCCUCCAAGGGUUUAUUUUCCAAGACCACAAGUCUGAAGCACAAGAGCACCAUCUUCACCAUUGGCAAGAGGGGAGAUAUACUUAACCAGCAGCUGGAGGCGCCCAUCAUAGUUCCCCAUGCACAGCUUAAGAAUAGGUACACAGUGGAAGCCCUGUUCCGUUCGGAGCAAUACGCCCUUGUGGAUAAUGCCUGUCGAGAGUAUCUGUUUGUCACCGAAUUUUUCAUGGUCCGCGGCAGCCAGGCCCAAGAUUUGUUUAAUCAAAUAAUGGGCAAAACUUUAACUCUAAUGAUUAAAAAUCUGGAAACCUCCAUACACGACUGCUACGACACCAUAGCCAUGUUCCUGUGCAUUCAUCUCAUAUUCCGCUACCAAUUGAUGUGCCACAAGCGUUGCGUGCCCGCUUUGGAUAAAUAUUGGGACUCCCUUCAGUCUGUGAUUUGGCCACGUUUGGAGCUGGUAUUCCGCCUAAAUAUUCAGAGCAUACACGACUGUGAUCCCACAAAGUUUAACAAGGAAUUGGGGCCACAUUAUAUAACCCGACGCUAUGCAGAGUUCAGUGCUGCAAUCGUGGGUAUCUCCGAGCACUUUCCCAAUGAGCUUGUCAGCCGGUUGCUCCUGGAACUCCAAAACGAAGUGGAAUGCUUUAUACUUCGCAUGGCGGCCAUAUUCCCAACGCGUAAGGAUCAGCUCAUUUACCUGAUAAACAACUACGACCUGGUUUUGGGCGUCUUGAUGGAGCACACCCGCGACAAUUCCAAGGAGGCGGAGGCCUUCAGGGAGCAACUCAACGCCCGCAGUGCCGAAUAUGUGGAGGAAAUAUUGGCUCCACACUUUGGCGGUAUUAUACAGUUUGUAAAGGAAUGCGAGCAUUUCUUCGAGAAGGAGCAGAUGGAUGAACUGAGGAAACAGGAGCGAAGAAGUCUGGCCUUGGUGGCCAGCUUUUCGGCCAACUGGAAGAAAUCCCUAGAGGAGCUGAACAGAGAGGUGCUCCUGUCGUUUCCCUCGCUGCUGACGGGCUCCCAACUCCUGCAACUGGCUCUGGCCAGUUUGGUGCAAUAUUAUCAUCGCUUCCACAAGCUGCUCACGCCCAAUGCCCGCGCCCAGCUGACCAACAUCCAUGUAGUGAUGGUGGAGAUCAAGAAAUACAAGAGCAACUACUGAGGGACGAUUUAAUUAA